AUGGUUAUGUUACAGUUCGAUUUAGUGUGUGAUAGGGACUGGAUGAAGCAGCUUUCCAAAUCCAUCGUGCCGCUUGGAAAUCUAGUUGGUGUAAUUAUAUUUGGUCAAAUCUCAGACAUAUAUGGAAGGAAAAUAGUAUAUGAUAUAUGUUUGUUGUCACCGAUAGUGGUGGCCAUUGCAGCGGCAUUCUCACCAACAUAUUAUUUUUUUGUCGUAUGCCAGUUUCUUCUUGGAGCAUUUGCACAUAGUGUGUAUGUCACUGGAAAUGUGAUAGUAAUGGAAAUGAUUGGGUUCAAAUACAGAACAAUACUCUCUUCUCUUAUCCAUGUUUCAUUCAGUGUGUUCUACAUGUUAUUUGGCAUUAUUGCAUAUGGCUUGUCUGGAAAUUGGCGCAAAAUUCAACUGUUUUCAGGUCUCGUCUGGAUACUUUUUCUUCCCUCUAUUUGGUUAGUUACCGAGUCAGCAAUGUGGCUUAUACAAAAAUCGAAGUAUGCUAAAGCGACGAAAGUGCUGAAUAAAUGGGCUAAAAUGAACAAAACAAAAGUACCAGACAAUUUGUUCAAAGAUGAAAAGAAGAUGGCAGAGAAGAUAAAAAAGGGUGAAGAAAUUGAGGAAAAGCCCAAAAAAUAUACAGCUGUUGAUAUUUUUAAAACUCCGAAUUUGCGGAUCAGUGCAGUUUUGAUGUCUUUCAACUGGUUUUCGUGCAGUUUUGUCUAUUAUGGAAUCUCACUGAAUACAGACCAGAUUGGUGAAAACCCGUAUAUCACAUUUGUAAUCGCAGGAGCUGUUGAAAUUCCGGGACGUUUUCUUGGUUGGUGGUUAAUGAGAACUGUCGGUCGAAGAUGGGCUUUGUGUAGCACGGCCGUUAUUGGUGGUCUAUGCUUGAUAAUAAGUGUACCACCAGAAAAUGUUAAUGUUUCUGUAACCCUUGCUAUGAUAGCAAAGAUGUGUAUUGCAGGAACGUUCACCAUUGUUUACGUGUAUGCUCUUGAACUCUAUCCAACUACAGUUAGGAAUGCGGGAACGGGAGUAUCGUCGAUGUGUGCACGUGUUGGCAGUAUUAUAUCACCUUACGUCUUUCUACUGGCUGAUGUGUGGGAGCCAAUGCCGUAUAUUAUCAUGGGGGCAACCUCUGUUGUGGCUGGUUUUCUUGCGCUUUUCCUUCCAGAAACACGCAACCACAGACUUCCAGAGACGAUUGAGGACGGGAGAACAUUCGGAAAGAAAUCAUAUAAGGAAGAGAAGCGCGAAACGGCUAAAGGAAGUGUACGAUCCGUUAGUGUUCAAGUAGACAUUAAUGUUGCUGAAGAUGUACUAAACACCGUCGAUGGCUUCGAUAAAGACAUUCAUCCAACAGCUAGCGGACUUGUAAAUGAAGCUUAUAAAGAACAAUUAUAG